CAAGUAAAUAAAUAAAGAAUCCAAACAAGACCAAACCAAACUGAAAUAUUAAGAGAAUUAAGAGGUAUUUGGUGUUGUAAAUGGAGGAAGAAGGAGUAGUGCUUUUAGAGUUUUGGAGUAGCCCUUAUGUUAUGAGAGUGAAAAUAGCCUUGGAGGAAAAGGGAAUUCAAUUCCUUUACAAGGAAGAGGAAAAUAUAUUCCUUGGUAAAAGCCCUUUGCUUCUAGAAGCAAAUCCAAUAUACAAGAAAGUUCCUGUUCUCAUUCAUAAUGGGAAGCCAAUAUGUGAAUCACAUAACAUUCUUGAAUACAUUGAUCAAGUGUGGAAGGACAAAUUUCCAAUUCUUCCUCAUCAUCCAUAUGAAAGAGCAAGAUCAAGGUUUUGGAUCGAUUUCUUCGACAAGAUGAUAUACGAUAUUGGACGGAGGAUGUGGGCAAGCAAAGGAGAAGAUCAAGAGGAUGCAAAACAAGAAUUCUUGAAAAGCUUGAAAUUGUUGGAAGAAGAACUUGGGGAUAAACCCUAUUUUGGAGGUGGUCAAUUUGGGUUAUUAGACAUUGCCCUUAUCCCCUUUUCUUGUAGGUUCUAUACAUAUGAAACAUUCUGUAAAUUCAAUUUGGAAAAGAUUUGCCCCAACCUUAUGAAAUGGGUAAACAAGUGCAAUGAAAGAGAAAGUGUUUCCAAGGCCCUCCCAAACCCUUAUAAAGUUUAUGACUUUGUUUUGGAAGUGAAGAAAAUGUUGGGGAUUGAAUAAAGCAUUUGGAAAUGUUAUGGGCACCAAGUUUGAAAUGCCGACGAUAGAGCAGAGCGAUUCAACCGUUAUCUGUUUAAUGCGUAGAUUGAAUAGGAUGUGAUUAAGGAAAAAGAGUCAUCGAAUUGUGAGUUAUUUAAGUUCUAUUUCAUUCAGUGUACCAAAUAUGUGUUUAUUUUGCUCUUUCAUCCUUAUGCCAAGUUAGUUUGUACUUAAUUUAAGUCCUACUUGAGUAACUUUUAUCUUUCUCAUUAUAAUAAUUUUGUAAUAAAUGUUGAGCUUUUCUAUGAA